AUGGAUUCAAUUGAAGCAUAUCGUCAUUUAUAUGUCUUUGACACAUAUCCACCAGUCCAAAAUCAAUUUUCAUCGUUUGUUACACCUGCCGAUUUUUCUGGACAUUCUAUACAAAUACCAAAAAUUUCUGGAUCAUCAGAUAGUGCUUAUGAUAGUAUGUCAGAAGGUCGUUCUGAUGAAAUGCUUAUGUAUCAUCAUGAUUCUCAUUUAAUCGAAAAUCAAGAAAUUCAAAAAUCAUUAAAUAUGAAUAUUGAAUAUUGUGCUCCAAAAAUGGGAAAACUAGAAGAUGGUAACGAGUCAAUGAUAAGCAAUGGACAAGUAUACGAUAGUUUAUCAUCUGAUGGAUAUCUAACACCAAGUCCCGCGGCAAGUUUACGUUCAGCAAGUCCGUCCUCAUCAUUAGUGUUUAAUACGGAACCAGUGAAAACAAGUGCAACAACUACCUCAACAAGAACGUCAAGAAGAAGUGCACAAACUGGUCCAUUAGUAGCAAAACGCCGUCGUUUAGCUGCAAAUGCACGCGAACGAAGACGUAUGCGUAAUUUAAAUGAAGCUUUUGAUCGCUUACGCACAUAUUUACCAUCAUUAGGUAAUGAUCGACAACUUUCAAAAUAUGAAACUUUACAAAUGGCACAAACAUAUAUUUCGGCACUUUACGAUUUAUUAGAUUAA